GCGCAGCUCUGGUUAAUGGGGAUCCUCCAGAGUUACUGUCUAGAGAUGUCUGAAGAAAAGAGCGGUUUAGGGCCAAGCAUGGUAAUGGACGAAGACAGCUUGAUGAUUCCCAUCAAUAAAGAUGCCUGUGAAGCUCUUAAGAAAAGAGAGGACUGUCUAAGUAAACUUUUUUACAAAAAGUUUGCUUGUACAUUGACCUUCAAAGAUACAAAAUGCACUGUUGAAGUAUACAGGAAAAAAACAAAGCAGGGAAUUGAGAUUUCUGUUUGUAAGGAUGAUCUCACAAGACACAAGGCUGAUGCUUUGGUGAAUUCAGCCAAUAAAUUUCUUAAUCAUUCAGGAGGCCUUGCUUUAGCCCUUGUGAAUGCUGGAGGGCUAGAAAUACAAGCAGAAAGCAAUCAUUAUAUUCAAAAGCAUGGAAAACUCGCAGCUGGCAAAAUAGCAGUGACAGGUGGAGGGAAGCUCCCUUGUAAAAAAAUCAUUCAUGCAGUUGGCCCAUUGUGGGUUGUUUCUGAAAAGGAAAGAUGUUGUGACCUACUUCAGGAAGCUAUUUGGAAUGUUCUGAGGUAUGUUACUGUUCCAAAAAAUGGUAUAAAAUCUGUGGCUAUCCCAGCAGUGAGUUCAGGUAUUUUUUGCUUCCCAGUCAAUUUGUGUGCUCAAGUGAUUGUAAUGGCUAUUAAGGAAUUUAUCGAGUCCAGUCCACCAAGCUGUCUCAGGGAAAUCCGCCUGGUGAACCCUUACGAGCCUAUAGUUGAAGAAAUUAAGAAGGCCUGUGAAAAGUUUUUGGGUGAUACCAGUUCACUUGAGGAAACACUUUCAACUUCAUCAAGCCAGCUUUCAACUUACAUCAGGCAUGGAGGUGUUCACUUGAGCGUCGUAAGAGGUGUCCUUGAAGAGCAGAAGACUACAGAUGUUGUUAAUUUUGUAUCUGUGAAUGGUGAGCCUUCCUCUCCAGUUGCAAGAACACUGCUGCAAAAAGCAGGUUCAGCUCUUCAGGAUGAACUUAAGUCCCAUCUUAAAGAUCUUUCGUCUUAUAAAAUUUUACGAACAAGAGGCUAUAAUCUGCCCUGUGAGUUUGUGCUGCACACUGUAUGGCCACAAUACCACCACCCGGUGUUACUGUGUGAGGAAUUAAAAGCUGCAGUGACCAGAUGCCUGCAUUAUGUUCGGGACUGCCAGUCUCCCUCAGUUUCUUUUCCAGCAAAUGGCAUUUGCUCAUCGAUGCUGCCUAUUGGUGUAAUGGCACAGAGCAUGAUUGAAGAGGUUUUAAAUUUUGCCAGGGCACAGCCUGAGAAGAAGAUAGAUGUGCAGUUUGUCCUUUGCCCAGAUGACAAUGAUGGUUAUCAGGUUUUCCAGAGAAAAUUUUAUUCAGAGACACAGAAACUGGGAAAAAAUCAGUAUUACAACAGAAGUGAUCAUUUGAGUACAGAGUCAGGCAGUCAAAGUGUAAAAGAGGCUGCAAAUAAUGAGCCUGCUAUUGAACUUAAAGGGAACAUACACAUAGCAUUGAAAGCGGCAGAAUCAUGGAUCCGAAGCAUGAUACGAAUUGAGGGAAGUCACCAUGCUGUUAUUGAAAACAACUACAUUUUUAGCCUUGGUAGAAAGGAGUUUGCAGAUUUGUCUCGAAAGCAUCAUCCUAGUGUAUGUGUAUCAGAAGUGGUGAAAGGUGGCAAAGCAAGACUGGAAUUUUGUGGCCCUCCCGACGCUGUGAUUGAUGCAGUGCUCGCAACUGAAAAGUUACUGCUUCAUAUACAAGAGGAGACUACAGCCAAACAAAAGGAACUGCUGUACUUAAUGGGCCAAGCAGGACACCUUCACAAGACAGAUACUACUAAUACUACAAAUACUACUAAAUGCAUCCAGAUUUCACUGGUAGAAUCACACCUUCAGGAGUUUAAAGACAGAGAGAAAGAGUUUGAAAAAGCUGGGCUUUGUGUUCUCAAGAUUGAAAAGAUACAUAAUCCUCUUUUAUCUGCUGCAUUCCAACAAAUGAAAAAAAAAGUAGAAGAAAACCAGUAUACCUAUCAAAUAACACACAAGUUGUACCAGUAUGUUCCAGUGCAGUUCUGUAGCUUGGUGUGCCAGACUGGGUUUCACAGGAUGUAUUCUCCACCAACAGAACAAAAAUACGGAGCUGGCAUCUACUUUAAAAGGAACCCGAAAAGUCUAACUGAGGGUAAAAACACACAGGAAACAGACUCUAAAAUGUAUGUGUUUGAGGCUGAGGUACUAACAGGCUUAUACACUAAAGGCAACUCAUCUUAUAUUAUGCCACCAGCAGUGGAGGGGGAUGCCAUUAAGGUAUACGACAGCUUGGUAGAUGAUGUAAGUAAUCCUGACACCUUUGUCAUCUGCAACAGUGCUCAGGCCCUUCCAAGAUAUUUGUUGACUUGUAAGGAAACCAGCAGUAUCCUGAAUUAGACCUGUAGCUAUUGUGAAGCCCCCUCAGAACUGGGUCUGGUACUUCUGGUACUUUGGUAGAAGAUGUUCUUCGUGUGAUCAAAGUGCCUUGUGCAAAGUGCUCUGAAAUAUCCAUAAACAAAUGAAGUAAGUCAAUAUGUUAAGAAGGUCAGAACAAAACUAUCUGUGAAUGGAAGCAGAAGGAAAAGCAUCACAAAAUACAGUCUAACAUUUAUCUGGUCAUUUACUUUAUGCCUUAGAAUGUUCUUAGCAUGUGACUAUACACCUGAUGUUUCCAUAGGUUGUUAUUCUUUCAUUACAUUUUCAUAAUCUGCGAUAUUCUGUAUGUUUGUGAAACCCAAGAAAUCUUGGUUGUGCCUUUAAUUCCUAUUUUUUCUUCUGACUUAAACAUGUAAAUGUAUGAGGUCAAAGCUAUUUCUGACUCUGGGACAUGCUAUUAAAUGCCCAUAGUUAUGGUGAGUAUGAGCCAAUACUUCAUGCUUUCUCACAGUAGUUGCUAUUACAGUUUUUAUUAGUUAGAUAUUCCAAGUAUUGUAGACACAUGUAUUCAAAAUAAAAAGUAUGACUGAUACUAUC